ACGGAGGCCGGGGCGCGUGGGCUCGGCUGGGGCUUCCAGGCCGGCGGGCGACACCGAUGGCCGGGAGCGCGCCUCCAAGCAGGCUCAGGGACAUCCGCUUUCCGCUUCCAGAAAAGUUUGGAGAGAGUGGAUUUGGGGUGGAUUUGGGAGUGGUGCCGGCUCCCCCAGCCUUCUUUCCCUUCCAGAGGCCUCACCGUGCACAGCCUCAUCCAUUCUUCCUUUCCUGACGCCUUCCCUCCCUGACCCCUCUUUCCCUUCGCUCCUGGGUUCCCCCUCCCCUCUCUGGGAUCAGCAUCUUCUCCUUCCUUAUCUCAUUCUCCAUCGUCCUCUCUAUCCCCAUCUUCUUAACAUUUCCACCCGGUUUCAGCCUUUUCCCAGUCAUCCCCAACCUUCUCCUUUUUUCCAUCUUAAAAUUUCCCCUCCCCACUCCAUCUCAUUCAACCAAUCUCUCCACUCACACUCACACUCUCCAUCCAUCCCUCUCCUUCCUCCCAGCAAACUUCCACCAUGGAUCCUGGGCCUCCUUGGAUCACCAACGCCACCCCCGGGAGCACCCUCUCUGUCCCCAAUGCCACCACACCCUGGCUGGGCCGGGAUGAGGAGCUGGCCAAGGUGGAGAUCGGCAUCCUGGCCACUGUCCUGGUGCUGGCGACAGGGGGCAACCUGACGGUGCUGCUGACAGUGGGACAGCCAGGCCGCAAGCGCUCCCGCAUGCACCUGUUUGUGCUGCACCUGGCCCUGACGGACCUGGGUGUGGCGCUCUUCCAGGUGCUGCCCCAGCUGCUGUGGGACAUCACCUACCGCUUCCAGGGCCCUGACCCCCUCUGCCGGGCCAUCAAGUACCUGCAGGUGCUCAGCAUGUUCGCCUCCACCUACAUGCUGCUGGCCAUGACGCUUGACCGCUACCUGGCCGUUUGUCACCCCCUGUGCAGCCUCCAGCAGCCCAGCCGGUCCACCUACCCUCUCAUUGCAGCCCCUUGGCUGCUGGCUGCCAUCCUCAGCCUCCCUCAAGUCUUCAUUUUUUCUUUACGAGAGGUGAUCCAGGGCUCUGGAGUGCUGGACUGCUGGGCAGACUUCCGCUUUCCUUGGGGGCCACGGGCCUACAUCACCUGGACCACCCUGGCCAUCUUCAUCCUGCCUGUGGCCAUGCUCACGGCCUGCUACAGCCUCAUCUGCCAUGAAAUCUGUAAGAACCUAAAAGUCAAGGCCGGGGCCUGGAAGGUAGAAGGAGGGGGUUGGAGGACUUGGAACCAGCCCUCACCUCCUUCUGCCUCAGCUGCAGCCACACGGGGGCUGCCAUCCCGGGUCAGCAGCACCAGCACCAUCUCACGGGCCAAGAUCCGAACAGUGAAGAUGACCUUUGUCAUUGUGCUGGCCUACAUCGCCUGCUGGGCGCCUUUCUUCAGCGUCCAGAUGUGGUCUGUGUGGGACGAGAAUGCCCCUGAUGAAGAUUCAACCAAUGUGUCUUUCACCAUCUCCAUGCUUUUGGGCAACCUCAGCAGCUGCUGCAACCCCUGGAUCUACAUGGGCUUCAACGGCCACCUGUGGCCGCGUUCCCUCUGCCGUCUGGCCUGCUGCAGGGGGCCGGGGCCCAGGAUAUGCAGGCAGCUCUCCAGCGGCAGCCCAUCCAGCCGCUGCGCCAUGCUGCUGACCCGCUCCAGUGGCCUGCCCACCCUCAGCCUCAGCUCCAGACUCAGCCGGAGGCCAGCACCCAAAGACCCACUGAAGGGUGAAGAGCAGGUGGACAGGGGCACCAUCACCGAGACCAGCAUCUUUUAGAGAACACUCCCCGGAGUGUGGCAGAGGGUCUCCACCCAUCUCAGCACUGGGUGUAAAUGCUGGGAGCACAGGGCUGGAGUUAGGGGAGCCCAGUCUGAGGCAGGGCGAGGAGGCCAGAAUGGCUGCUCCUACUCUUGGUUACACAGCUGCCGUCGUUUGCUCCCAACCUCACAUGCUGGGAGUCAGGGCGAAUCAGACUGUCGGCUUCCCUGAUCCUGCCAUAUUCACAGGGUGUCUGGGAACCACACGUGUGGUAGAUGUGGUGCCCCAGAUCUGACAGGCCUAGGGCUGUCCUGUCUGGGGGUCCACAGGCAGCAGGGAUUCAGAGGCUGGUCUCCUAUUUUGUUUGUCCCAUCCUAACCUGACUAGUGCAUCCCAGUUCAACCAGGAGAGGGAAGGAGUGAAAACUUGCGAGAAGGACCCUGUCUGCACCCUGAGUUUUUGGUUUUUGGGUUGUUUUUGGUAGAGAGAGGAUUGUUUAAUGAAGAAAGUGAAUAGGUGUGAGGGCUUCGCCUGCUAUGCCCACCUGUCUACCGAAGGGAAAUGCAGGGUUAGCACAGCACCUGGUAACUGGUAAAAACUCUGCAAACUCUACUUCUCUUCUCCCCACGCACCUCGUUUAGAGUUAGGGUGGGUGACAGGGCAAAGUAUUGCAUGUUCUCAGUGGAAUGACCAACGGAGGGUGAGAGUGAGAAGAAAGAGUGAGGAAAGGAGGAGAUGAAAAUGGUCACAGUACAAUUCCAAGUGGGAGAAAGCCUCGGAGGCAGGAGGGAUUGGUCGCUCUCCCUCCUCCCCUCAAGGGGUCCACAUGGCUCCUGCCUCUUGGGGAUGCACAGAGGAGACAUCCUUUGAGAAAGUGUGACUUAGUCAUGGCUCUGGAUAUGUUUGAGGCUCUUCAAAUCUUCCACACGAAUCACAUGCUUGCCGUCAUCAAAUCAGGAGCCCAGGACUUGGAAAACUCGGUUCUGCUGUGGGGUAUCUGUAUGACCUUGGGCAAGUCAUCUCCCUCUCUGGGCCUCAGCUCCUCACCUGUAGAACAGAGAUAAUCUCUAAGGCGUUUCCCAGCUUGAAACUUUCAUGACUUUGCAAGACUGGAGAAGCGUUCUCUAAGGACGUUCUAACCAGUAGGCUCUGGAAGAAUUGUUGUAUUUUCAUGACAAUGACAUUUAUGCCCUUUGACUCAAUUCUGGCGACUUUGGUUCCUGCCUUGGCCGAACUGUCCACUUUUGCCCUCAGUUCUGUGAUUCUGACGCCAAGAGAGCCUGGCAGGUAGAAUCUGGGGCUUUGUCCUGCUCCUUAUUAUCCCCAGUGAGAUUUAUACCAUGGGAUAACCUCCCCACCAUGAUUCUGGUUCUAAUCAAAGUGAUGGUCUUGAUGGUGGAAAGACCAUCCGCUGAAGUCAGGAGAACUGGGUCCUGGUUCUACCACCAUGCCACCACCAAUGGCCUUGCUCUCUUCAUUAUGAGGGUCAAAUAGGACCGUGCGUGUGUAGGUGGUUUGUAAACUCUUGAACUAUACUAAACACAUGAACCCAUACUAAUGUAGGGAUUGUUGAUCUAAUUAAGAGCUCCUGAGAGUGCUCUAGGGAGCAGUCACUCUCUGCCCUCCACUCCUGGGGAAGUUUUGAGGACUGACUGUGGCUUUGGGGAUACACUUCUUUAAGAGGCCACUUAGCUCUAAGAAGUCUCAUUAGGCUUCCUUAAAAGAAAAGAACCUAAGCUGAGUGUUGUGAGUGAACAAAGCACCCCAGCCCUUCAAUACUAGAGCAGUGGAGAGCAGGACACAGACCCUAAUGAGACCAAGGCUCAAGGUGGAUGUGGGAACCCACUGUCUCUCUUCACUGCACCCUGUUGCUAAUGUCAGUCCUUGACAUCCAACAACUUCUUCCCUGUCCCUCUGUCCCGAUGGAGCUGGGCUGAGGAGCCUCCCAUGCCAGCUGAACUGUUGAAGUUGCUCUGCUUGCACUUCAGACCACAGUUCCUGACCCUGGUGCCCAUAGUAGGUACUAAGUAAAUCUUUGCUUAUCACGAUGACUCGGAGGUACAAGGGAUACCGGCCUUGUACCCCCAAACCUGGGUUUGAGUCCUGACCUCACCUGUUUUCUACCUGUUUGAACAUGGGCAAGUUAUCCAAUCUCUCUGAGCAAUAGGCACCUCAUUUGUUAAAUAGAAAUAACAAUGCCCGCCUUGUUGGGAGGUCACAGAUGAGAGGCUGUAGACUAUACAACACUCUACUGACAUUAGAGAAGAUAGUGGCCUGGCUCAGGAUUGCAUCCAGUGGGUGACUUCCAGGGCACUGGGCCCAGGAGACUCUAUAGUAGGGAGGUGAAAAGAGACCUGGAAUCAAGAUUGGCUAGAGCCCCCUCCAUGCCUAAUCUGGGCCUUCUAUAGCAAAGAAUAGCACAUAAUCCCACUAUUAUAUUUCCAGCUUUGCAUCGCAUGAGGGCGGAUUUAUUUGUGGUGGUGGUUUGGGGCCCUCCCUCUCCCUCCCAUGGAAAGGCUGCAAUUGACCUUUUCCAGAAAGCUAGUGCUGUCCUAUGAUGAGGCCAAUGGGAAACAGCUGGACACUGGACUGGAGGCUUCAGGAGCCUAUUCCAAGAGGCUCCUGAAGGGAAUGGCAGGAUCCUGUCUGGAUCUAUGAAUGAUGGCUUUUGCAGUCCCUGUAGGAAGCUCUCACAGGCAUUCAGAGCCAGCACCAGGGCCUUGGAUAGGGUCCAGGGAGGUGGGCCUUGUGGGAGGCAAGAAGGAGGUCCCGUGCUCUCUGGGUCAAUCUCAUUUCUGACAGCUCACCCCAGGAAUAACUGAGCGAUACUGUCCCUGGGCUGAGCAAUUCUGUAAAAUGUUUAUGCCAUCCUGUGGACUCUGUGAAAUACAGUACUUCAGUCCCGUGGAACCCAUGUGGGAGCAGGAGUCUGGUGGGUGGGCAGGGCAGAAGACGGCAGGAGGAGGUUAAUUGCUUGACUGUGGACAUUUCUCAGAAUGGCUUUUUAUGUUGUUUGGUAUAGGCCAGUAAUUUUGCAGAUGACUCUGUGUUUUGUAUGUAAAUAGUAUUUUAUCUAUCAAGGGGCUAUAGCCUCAGCCUAGGCCACAGCAACUCACUCCUGGGUCCAGAACCCAGACAUGUGGUUGAAAUUGACCAAUACAGCUACUUAAUAAC